UUGUCUUUAGCUCGUUUCGGGCAGCAGGGGGCGCCUGUGGGUCUCCAGCUCUAGCUAGCCUUGGGGCUUUGGGAAGGGGCGGGUUGGCUUGGAAUUGGCUGCGAACAACCGGGAAGGGACUGGAGACACUUCGGAGUUGGCAGCGGUGCAUUGUGGGGGAGUGGCUGCUGGUACAAUCGGUGUCGCUGCCCGGGAGUGGCUCUUGGCUCGGAGCGGCGGUGAGCUGCAAGUUCUUAACUGGGCUCGCCAGGCACCAUCGACGCUGGGUUGGGUUUCCCGUUGUCUUGCCUGGAGCCAGUGUAGCAACCUGUGUACAAGGCAGCUGUGCCAGGCACCUUCCAAGGUGAAGCAAGAACCUGCUUUUCCCACUGAAGCCGGUGUGUGCCAGGAGCCUGAGGCUGGCGUAAGCAAGAAAUCUAUGGCAGUGGAUUGAGAGGCUACCAACAGCAUUGUGUGGGGUGAUGGCAGGCUGUGAAUGGGAUGCCUGCUGAGUCCUCCUGCCUGAUGCCACCAUGUGGGAGCUGAAAUGCCCCCAGCGCAACAAAUUGGAUUUAGCCAUGUUCCUAGUCUGCCGCCUGCUGCCCUUGGUGGUUGCACUGAUGCUCCUGUUGCCGUUGUACCCAGCUGCUCGGUCCCCUUCCUACCAGCCAUUCUUGGUUCCCAAUGCUACCUUCAACCAUCUGGCCCUAGCUCGGGACACAGGGACACUGUAUGUGGGUGCGAUCAAUGCCUUGUAUCAGCUGAGCCCUGAGCUGAGGCUAGUGAAGCGUGCCCACACGGGGCCAGCCCAAGACAGCCCUGAGUGUCUUCCUUUCCGUGAUCCUCAUGAUUGUCCACAGGCCCGGAUCACAGACAACUCUAACAAGCUGCUGUUACCCAACGAGCGGGCUGGAGAGCUGGUGGUCUGUGGACAGCUCUUCCAGGGAGUGUGUGAGAAGCGAGCCCUAGCAGACAUCAGCCAAGUGCUGUACCGUCCCGAGGAUCCUGGCGACAGCCAGUAUGUUGCAGCCAAUGAGCCGCGGGUUUCGACCAUUGGCUUGGUGGGGCAACAUGAUGGCCAUGACCUACUCUUUGUGGGUCGCGGGCUGACGGCAAAGCUCUCCGGGGGGAUCCCACCAUACACCAUCCGGCAGCUGGCAGGACCACAGGCGUUCUCCAAUGAGGGGAUGGGCAAGCUAGUGGUGGGUGAUUUCUCAGACUACAACAAUAGCUACGUGGGCGCCUUUGCUUCUGGUGGCUAUGUCUACUUCCUGUUCUCUCGGCGUGGAGCAAAGGCACAGAUGGAGUAUCGCGCCUACCUCUCUCGGAGCUGCAUGGAAGACACUAACCUCUAUUCCUAUGUCGAGAUCCCCCUUGAGUGCCGGGAUGCGAAAGGGCGUGUUUAUAAUCUGGCUCAAGCUGCGUAUCUGGCAUCUGGCUUCCCUGGAGAUGAGGCAACCCUCUUUGUCAUUUUAGCCGCUGGGCAGGGCUCCACUGCAUCUCCGACGGCGCAGACGGCCCUCUGUUCCUACAACUUGAGUGAGGUGAAUGUGGCCAUGGAGCAGACGCGGCGACUGUGUUACACCUCAGCCGGAAUGAACGAUGCUAACGAGGAGGAGGCCGCCAUUGAGUAUGGUGUGACCUCUCGCUGCAAUUUGUUACCCAAGGAAUCCCCAGAGACUUACCCCUGUGGGGAUGAACACACACCUAGUCCCAUUGCUAGCCGGAAGCCAGUGGUGGCUGAGGCGAUUCUAACCACUGUGCCAAGACUGACAGCCGUGGCGGCCAUGGUUGAAGCAGGUCAUACCAUCGCCUUCCUUGGGGAUGGUGCUGGGCAGCUGCAUAAGGUUUACCUGAAUGGCUCCAUGGCACAAGUCUACAGCACAAUUCCCACUGGCCAGCGCUCUCCAGUCAAUCCAGACCUGCUUCUAGAUGGCAGUGGGGCCUAUUUGUAUGUGAUGACAGCCUCACAGGUCUCCAAGGUCCCAGUCUCCGAAUGCCCUCACUUCCAGGACUGUGCCUCAUGUCUGCACGCCCAAGACCCCUUCUGUGGUUGGUGUGUUCUGCAGAGCAGGUGCACCCAGAAGUUGGAGUGUGAGCACCAUGAGAUGGCCAAUCACUGGCUCUGGAGCUAUGGAGUGGAGAGCCAAUGUUUGAGAGUAGAACAGAUGUCACCAGCCAAUCAGAGCCGAGAAGAGCAGACAGAGGUCUCCAUGUUGGUCCCUCGUCUCCCUGCACUGGCUGAGGGAGAGCAUUACCACUGUUCCUUUGGGACCCAAGACAGCCAAGCCCACCUACAAGACUCCUGGGUUCGCUGCUUCUCACCUGUUCCCCAGCAGGUGCCAUCCACCCAAGAGGGCAAAGAUCAUGUGACUGUGGCAUUAGCCCUGAUGUUCCGGGAUGUGGUGGUGGCCUCCGUGGGAUUUUCCUUCUAUGACUGUAAUGCCGUGAGCCAACUCACUGAUGCCACCCCGUGUGGGACGUGUGUAGACAGCCCUUGGAUGUGCCACUGGUGCCCAUCCAGUCACCGCUGUGUCCCUGGAGGGCCCUGCCUGGAUGGAGAAAGGCUUGUCUACAAUCAGAAGGUGGCCGUAGAAGAGCUCCGGGGUCCAGCUGCCUGCCCUAGGGUGGAGGGCAUUGGGGAGGCCCACCUGAUUCCUGUUGGUGUGAAAAUGCCACUGAAACUGGUAGUCUGGAACUUGCACUUGUUAGUGGGCCCAGUGACACUCUCCUGUGUACUGGAAGUGGAGGGAACCCCGGUUGUGGUUCCAGCAUCCCUGGAAGAAGAGGACAGGGGAACAUCCCAUCGUGUGCAGUGCCUGCCCCAGGCAUAUAGCUACACACAGCCUGCCCCAGAGCUACAUGUCCCUCUCUACAUCAUGGUAGGGGAUGACCGGCGCCUUGACAGCCAUGGAGACCUGCAUGUGACUUUGUACAAUUGUUCUGCUGGCCGUUCUGACUGCAGCCGCUGCAAGGCUGCCCCCGGGCAUUUCCGCUGUGUCUGGUGCCAGCUGGGAGAGGUGCCCGGCUGCGUCUAUGAGGAACUGUGUCCAUCCGAAGCUGGUGUGGCUGCUUGCCCGUCACCAGUCAUCCACUCGAUUCACCCUGUCACCGGGCCCUUGGAGGGCGGCAUAUCAGUCACAGUGACAGGGUCAAACCUGGGUCGUCACUUUAAGGAUGUGGCCAACACUGUGACUGUGGCUGGGCUGCCAUGCAUCCCUGAUCCAACCCAGUAUCUAGUAUCUACUCGGAUUGUCUGUGAUGCAUCUCCUGGAAAGCGUGGGUUAUCUGGCCCUGUUCAGGUCACUGUAGGAGACCGUCCACCAGGGAUUUCUGUGAGUCACUUCACCUAUCAGGAUCCCACCCUUCUUGAUCUGCACCCCAAGCUUGGCCCCAUGGCUGGGGGCACUCGAGUCACCAUCACUGGGGAGGAGCUUCUGACAGGCACUGAGAUUGCUGCCUAUGUAGGGGGCCUGCCCUGCAUCCUCGAGGAACCUGUGGAGCCAGGGGCCAUUGUCUGCCGUACCAGUGUCAGCCUCAAGCCACAAGAGGCAUCUGUCUGGGUCCAGUAUGAAGGGGCAGAGCGCCAACUGCAGGAGAAGACCUUCCGUUAUACACCCAACCCACAGUUCACUGGGGCUUCCCCAGCCACCAGCUUCCAUGGGGGCGGACGGAUCAUCUAUGUGAAAGGGAUUAAUUUGGAUGUGGUGCAGCAGCCAGUUAUCAAAGCUAUCCUGGAGCCAGAGGAGAUGGAAAGCAGACGCAGCCGGAAGAAAAGAGCAUGUGACUCCUUGCAGGACCCCCACAUCCCUCUGACCCCAGUUCCACCACACCCCUGUGCUGAGGUGGGAGACUUGUUGGAGUGCUCAGAACCUUGCUGUGCCAAUUCAUCCACUCUCCUCCUCUGCCCGUCACCAGCUGUGCCACCCAAUGCCCUCUUCCGUGACCUUCUUUUCGAGCUGGAUGGACUCCGUGUCCCCUUUAACAGUGCCAGCGGGGGCCAGAAUUUCUCCUACAAGCCUAAUCCCCAUCUACGCUGGCCUGGACGGGAUUCCACUGGGCAUCCUUUCAGUCUUAAGCCUGGCAAUGUCUUGGACAUAGAGGGAGAAGGCUUGACCCUUGGCAUCAGCAAGAAUGAAGUGAGGGUCAUCAUCGGCAACAGUGCCUGUACCGUCAAGACUCUGACGCUUACUCACUUGUACUGUGAGCCUCCCCUGAAGCCCCCACAGCCACUUAACUCUUCCUCAGUGCUACCGGAGUUCAUUGUACAGAUGGGAAACUUGCGCCUGGAUCUCGGCCGAGUUCGCUAUGACACUGAGCCACCAUCCCGUUUCCCACCUGAAGCCCAAAUUGGGCUGGGGGUGGGAGCAGCAGUGCUGGCUUUUGUAGUGCUUCUUCUCAUCCUAAUGUAUAGGCGGAAGAGCAAGCAAGCCCUGCGAGAUUACAAGAAAGUGCUGGUGCAACUCGAGAACAUGGAGAUCAGCGUUGGGGACCAGUGCCGCAAAGAAUUCACUGACCUCAUGACGGAAAUGACCGACCUGAGCGGGGAGCUGGAGGGCUUGGGGAUCCCGUUCCUGGACUACAAUACCUACACCCAGCGUGUCUUCUUCCCGGCUCAGGGGGAUGUGCCAUUGCGGACUGUGUUGGACCUGCCUGAGGGGCGCCGUGCCACGGUGGAGCAGGGCCUGGGGCAGCUCUCCAAUCUGCUGAAUAGCAAAGUCUUCCUGCUGACGUUAAUCCGUACACUGGAGGCCCAGCCUACCUUCUCGCAGCGGGAUCGAUGUCAUGCAGCAUCACUGCUCUCAUUGGCUCUUCAUGGGCGCCUGGAAUACCUGACAGACAUCAUGCAGACCCUGCUGAGUGAUCUGGCUGCUCACUGCGUUGCCCGCAAUGCCAAGCUCAUGCUUCGCAGGACAGAGACCAUGGUGGAGAAACUCCUGACCAACUGGAUGUCCAUCUGUCUCUACUCCUAUCUCAGGGAGGUGGCUGGUGAGCCCCUGUACAUGCUCUUCCGUGCCAUUAAGUACCAGGUGGACAAGGGCCCGGUAGAUGCUGUCACAGGCAAGGCCAAACGGACACUGAAUGAUGGCCGGCUGCUGCGAGAAGAUGUGGAAUACCGGCCCCUCACCCUGACUGUCCUGGUGAGAGGGGGUGGCUCUGGUGGUGGGGGUGAGACCCAGCGCAUCCCAGCGCGUGUCCUUGACACAGACACCAUCACCCAAGUGAAGGAGAAGAUCUUGGACCAGGUCUACAAAGGCGUGCCUUUCUCCCAGCGCCCUUCUGUGCACUCCCUUGACUUAGAGUGGCGCUCAGGCGUUGCUGGCCACCUGACGCUUUCAGAUGAGGAUCUGACCUCCGUCACACAGAACCAGUGGAAGAGGCUUAACACACUACAGCAUUACAAGGUUCCAGAUGGGGCCACAGUUGGUCUCAUCCCCCGCCUUCACAAUGACAUCUCCCAAGGCACAGGCCAGAACUUCUUCUCUGGAGAAAAUACCCCAAUGCUAGAGGAUGGUGAGGAGGGGGGUCUGCGCCUCUGGCACCUGGUAAAGCCCUCUGAAGAACCUGAACUUACAAAGCAGCAACAAGAACGGCGCAGCAGCCUGAGGGAGCGGGCCAAGGCUAUUCCCGAGAUCUACCUCACCCGCUUGCUUUCCAUGAAGGGGACGCUACAGAAGUUUGUGGAUGAUGCGUUCCAGGCUGUGUUGAGUGUGAACCGCCCAGUGCCAAUCGCUGUCAAGUAUCUGUUUGACCUGUUGGAUGAGCUAGCUGUGCGGCAUGGGGUCAAUGAGCCAGAGACACUGCACAUUUGGAAAACAAACAGUCUUUUGCUGCGCUUCUGGGUAAACACGCUCAAGAACCCACAGUUCAUAUUCGAUGUGCGUGUCUCUGACAAUGUGGAUGCCAACCUGAGUGUCAUUGCUCAGACAUUCAUUGAUGCCUGCACAACUGCUGAGCACAAAGUUGGCAGGGAUUCACCAGUCAACAAACUGCUCUAUGCCAGAGAAAUCCCACACUACAAACAGAUGGUAGAGAAGUAUUAUGCUGAUAUUCGACAGACUGUUCCUGCCAGCUACCAAGAGAUGAACUCAGCCUUGACGGAACUCUCGGGGAAAUAUUCCUCUGACCUCAACUGCCUGGUGGCCCUGCAAGAACUUUAUAAUUAUAUUAACAAGUACUAUGACCAAAUAAUCAGCGCACUAGAAGAAGACCCACUGGGCCAGAAGAUGCAGCUGGCGUAUCGCCUCCAACAGAUUGCAGCUCUCGUAGAGAACAAAGUGACUGACUUGUGACAUUCCUGGAUCCAUUACCUGCUCAGAUCAAACAUGGAUGACAAACUGUGCAAUCCUAAGCACGUUCACUCAGAAUGAAAUCCCACUGAGUGCAGUGGUGCUUAACUUCCUAGUUACUGUGUUUUGGGGGCUGCAGCCUUUUAAGGGGGGCAAAGUUGAUCCAUACUGGGACAUUCCCUGCUGUCUGUGUGCAUAUGUCUGUACACAUACUGAUGCCUCCAGCCAGUGCCUUAACUGCAUAGAUGCUGCCGGGGUCUCUCGUACUCGGUGCUCUUUCUCUCUUUUUAAAAAACUAGCUGCAAAGGGAAUCCUCCCAGUCCAGAACACUGGUUUUGUAUAUAAAAGGGUGUAUUUAUUUCUGUCGCUAUCUGAAGAGGGUACCGGCUACUGUCUCCCACCUUUUGGGGGAGUGGGGUUAUGGCAGACUGCAGCAUCUGGAAUUUGGGGAUCUGCCCCUUCUGACCCCAACUUCCUCGCUGGUAAUGCACUAAUAUUGGGGUGGUAAGACCACCUUCCAGCUUCCUCUAAACAGACUCUAACUAGUCUCUCUCCUAACCUUCCCUAUCUCCCCCUUCCCACUCCCUCCAUUUUAUGUGUAUAUAUGGGAGCACUCUGCUCCAGGAUUGUAUUUAUUUUAAUGAGAUUUUGAAGAAUUAAAAAACACUUUUGAGAAAAA